CAAACCAUAGCCAGUUUGCGACUGGUAAUCCAGUAUGACUUCAACAUGCACCUAUUCACGGCAUCAUGGAGCUCUCACGGGAUUAUUUGGACGAGAUCUAUGCAUUUGCCGUCGAACUUGGCAAACAAGCCGGGAAGAUGCUACUUGAUGGUGCGAAGUUGAGAAUGGGAGGUGGAGGGCCGGAGGAAAAGGGGCAUGUGCAGAAAGAGAAUGCGGUGGAUUUGGUUACGCAAACGGAUGAAGAUGUUGAAGCAUUUAUCAAAGGUGAAGUUAUGAAGAAGUAUCCUUCGCAUAAAUUUGUGGGCGAGGAGUCGUAUUCCAAGGGUUCAUCACGCGACUAUCUUAUAGAUGACAGCCCUACAUGGUGUAUUGAUCCUCUUGAUGGUACGGUCAACUAUAUCCACCUGUUUCCCAUGUUCUGCGUCUCAAUAGCCUUCAUUCACAACUCCAAGCCCCUGAUUGGCGUAAUCCACGCCCCAUUCCUCAACCAGCUGUUUUCCUCCUGCUAUGGCCGAGGUGCAUGGCUAAACGAGCAUCAACCUUUGCCACUUGUCCAAAAUCCUGUCCCGCCAUUGCCAGUGAAUGCUCCUAGUGGAUGCGUAUUCUCGUGCGAAUGGGGGAAGGAUAGGAGGGAUCAACCAGAUGGUAAUUUGCAUCGAAAAGUAGAGAGUUUUGUUAAUAUGGCUGCCGAAAUUGGAGGGAGGCAGGGAAGAGGUGGGAUGGUGCAUGGGGUGAGGAGCUUGGGGAGUGCGACUCUUGAUCUGGCGUAUGUUGCUAUGGGGGCGUUUGAUAUUUGGUGGGAAGGCGGCUGUUGGGAAUGGGACGUCGCCGCAGGCAUUGCUAUCCUUCAGGAAGCCGGAGGUUUAAUCACCAACGCAAAUCCACCUGAGGAUCAUGUCACGGCCCCCAUUGAAGAAGUUCGGCUUGGAAGUAGACUUUACUUAGCUAUCCGUCCCGCAGGGCCAUCUUCGACAGAAACGGGUCGGGAAAGUCAGGAGAGAACCGUACGAGAAGUGUGGAGACGAGUGCGCAAAUUGGAUUACUCCAGGCCCGGAGCGUGAUUUCGGGUAUUUUAUUCUAACCUACCAGCCGUCUCACGUCUAGCAAGUAUAU